AUGUUCCGUCUUCUCAGCAUCCUUCUCGUCGCCUUCGCCGUCUGUGCAUUUUCAGCUCCAGCUCCAGUCAACUAUCCAACUGAAGAGCAAUCGAAAGCAGAACUCAAGGCCGCUGGAAUGACCCAGGCCAGUAUCGAUGGAUUAGACGCAUUCACCAAACGUUUUGUCAGCGGUUUCCCAUUGGUUCAAUCCAACAAAGAAGCUACUGACAAGUUCCUUGCGGAGUACACAACUGAUGUCCAGAACUUUGUGAAGGCUAUGUCACCGGAAGACCAGACCAUUUAUAACAACUAUUUGAAGAAAUAUGGACUCGCCUAA